AUGAAAUCCUUCAAGAAGGAAUUCACCCUGGAGGAGAGGGCGAAUGAGUCGGCCGCCAUGAUCGCCAAGUACCCCGGCAGGAUCCCCGUGAUUGUUGAAAGGUUUUCGAGGAGUAACCUUCCAGAAAUGGAAAAGAGGAAGUACCUGGUUCCAUGUGACAUGCUAGUUGGGCAGUUCAUUUUCAUCCUGCGCUCCAGGUUACAUCUGUCUCCAGGAACGGCGCUUUUCGUGUUUGUGAAAAACACCUUGCCCCAAACAGGUAACCUGAUGGGUAGCGUGUAUGAUUCGUACAAAGAUAAGCAGGAUGGCUUCCUCUACAUGUGUUACAGCAACGAGAAGACAUUUGGGUGA